UCUUUGUAAUUACAAAGAUUUUUAUUCCUUUAUUUUCCUUAUCGGAGAAAACAAGGAGAUCACAUUAGACACGGUUUCGGAAACUCAUAUAUGUUAUAUAUACAAUCCCAUAUCUUCUCUUCUCUAUGUAUACAAAGAUUUUUCACCUUUUCUAUCGAUUAAAGGAUCAUCAUGAAUAAGAUCGCUAGAACAUUCACGGCUGAUGAUCAAGAUUUUGCUUUCUUGUCUUCGUCGUCGUCUUCUGAAUCGAUCGGGAUGGACAGUGAUGUGGAUGAUGAAGGUGGAGAGAAUCAUGAGGUUGAGUCUUCUUAUAAAGGUCCUCUUGAUAUGAUGGAGUCUCUUGAAGAAGUCUUGCCAAUCAAGAGAAGUAUAUCGAAAUUUUACAAAGGGAAGUCGAAGUCGUUCAUGAACUUAGCGGAGGCGGCGUCUUUUCCGGUGAAGGAUUUAGCGAAACCGGAGAACGCUUAUAGUCGUCGCCGGAGAAAUCUUCUUAGUCACCGGGUAUGUAGUCGUGGUGGGAUCUCAAAGAAACAUGUGAAGAGUGUUUUAACGGUGGCUGUGACGCCGAUGAGUCAAGGAGGAGGAGAAGGAGACUCUUCUUCUUCUUCUAGCGGCGGUGAUGAUGACUCUACUCAGACGCCGAUGCAGUAUCGGAAGAAUCACACGACGAAGCAUAGGAAAGGGUGUUUUAAAACUUUUACAUUUCAAGACAAAAGCAAGAAGGAUGAGGAUAGCAAGAAGACCACCAAAGGAGCCACAAAGCCUGUGAAUCCAGUAAGGCAAACCUGGUCAAGCUCUGGUCACUAUAUAGAGACAAAGCAAUGGCCAAGAUCAACAAUAGCAGAACCACAGAGAGCCGGUGAGAGCACAGCUAGUACCGAUAAGCUGAUGGCUAAAAACUUCUUGGAUAUUGUAAACCUCGAUCCUAUUUCCAUCAAGAAACCUAGAGAACCUUGUCUUCCUAAUUCUUGUUUGUUGCUCAAGAAACCAAGAGAACCAAGAAACCAAGAGAACCUUGUCUUCCUAAUUCUUGUUUAUAAAUCACUUUACAAUGUCAUUCUUGGGAAGGACUAGACUAAGUGUACGAGAAAUUUG